AGCCAGGGUGCGCGAGCUGUUGGCCAAUACCCAAUUAAAACGCAAGGUCUGAGCGCCGUGCUUAUGGGCGUAGCACUAAAUCACACCAAUCACAUGCGGCGCAGUCAAGGUUGGUUUCAGUGCAGGAAGAGAGGAACUACUGCUGUCAUAUAAAAAGCCCAGUUGUCCAGCCAACACUAUGGGAAAAAAGAGCAGAGUGAAGACUCAGAAAUCAAGCACAGGAGCCAGUGCUGUAGUUUCCCCCAAAGAGAUGAUGAGUCUCAUCUCUGAACUGUUACAGAAAUGUAGCAGUGCAACACCCUCUGCUGGUAAAGAAUGGGAAGAGUACAUCCAGAUAAGGGGCUUGGUGGAGAAGAUACGCAAGAAGCAGAAGGGUAUGUCAGUAGUGUUUGAGGGCUCCAGAGAUGACUACUUCCCAGAUCUAAUGUCCUGGGCUCAGAAAAAUGGAGCAUUGUGUGAUGGCUUUACUGUGGCCAAUUUCGGUUCAGAGGGCUACGGCCUGCGCGCCACCAGAGACAUCAAGGCUGAGGAACUGUUCCUGUGGAUUCCCAGGAAAAUGCUGAUGACUGUAGAGUCGGCUCAAAACUCCAUGUUAGGUCUUCUGUACAGCCAGGAUCGGAUAUUGCAGGCAAUGGGCAAUGUGACGCUGGCCCUGCAUCUGCUGUGUGAGCGAGCUGACCCUGCUUCAUUCUGGCUGCCCUACAUCCACAGUCUUCCUCAGGAGUACGACACGCCUCUGUACUACCAGCAGGAUGAGGUGCAACUGCUGCUGGGCACACAGGCAAUGCAGGAUGUUCUGAACCAGUAUAAAAACACUGCACGUCAGUACGCCUACUUCUACAAACUGGUCCAGACUCAUCCCACUGCCAGCAAACUGCCCCUAAAGGACAUGUUCACAUUUGACGACUACAGGUGGGCGGUGUCAUCUGUGAUGACCCGUCAGAACCAGAUCCCCACUGAGGACGGCAGCCGGGUCACCCUGGCCCUCAUCCCCCUCUGGGACAUGUGCAACCACACCAAUGGGCUGAUCACCACCGGCUAUAACCUGGAGGAUGAUCGAUGUGAGUGUGUGGCACUUCAGGACUACAAGGAGGAUGAACAGAUCUACAUCUUCUAUGGCACACGCUCCAAUGCAGAGUUCGUUAUCCACAACGGAUUCUUCUUUCAGGACAACAACCACGACCGAGUGAAGAUCAAGCUGGGCGUCAGUAAGAGCGAACGCCUCUACGCCAUGAAGGCUGAAGUGCUGGCGCGAGCUGGCAUCCCAGCGUCCUGUGUCUUUGCUCUGCACUGUAAUGAACCCCCCAUUUCAGCCCAGCUCCUGGCCUUCCUCAGAGUCUUCUGCAUGACAGAGGAGGAACUGAAGGAUUACCUGCUUGGAGAUCACGCCGUUAAUAAGAUCUUCACCCUGGGAAACGGGGAGUUUCCUGUGAGCUGGGAGAAUGAGAUCAAGUUGUGGACCUUCCUGGAGACUCGAGCUGCUCUGCUGCUCAAGACCUACAAGACCACCUCAGAGGAGGACCGCUCCCUGCUGGACAAACAUGACCUGUCCUUGCAUUCCCGUGUGGCCAUCCAGCUCCGCCUGGCUGAAAAGCAGAUCCUGGAGAAGGCGUGGGCCAGCGGACGAGCCAAACGUCUGAACUUCCAGAAAAAGCUGGAACAGGAUGCUCCGUUGCCGCCGUAUGAGGAGGGCAGUUUGGCGCUGCUGGAGAAUACUAACGCAGAUGCAAAGCUUCCCAUUAUUCUACGCAAGCUAGAGGAGGUGGACGAGGGCCAGGGGAUCCAGUUGGAUGAGCACAGCCACCUCCUGAAUGAGGAGAAGAUGCUCUAUGGGCUAGAUAUAGAGGCUAAUGGAGAGCAGAAGGUCAGCAAAGAGCUUCAGUUACCUUCAGACUCAGUUGGAAAUGCAAACCAGAUGGACCAGAUGAAAGUGGCCAACCAGAGUGGCGGACGAACUGAAAAAAAGAAAAGUGAAUAAAUCUGUUCACUUACUGUCCGCAGUCCAUGCUAUUUAUUUAUUGUUGUGUCUAUUACGUAACUCAAAUAUAGAAGCAGAAAAAAAUAAAUAAAUACAGAAGAAAGUCGCUGAACUUUCUGGACUGUGUGUUCAUCCAGUGUGGACGUCCUAGCAUCCCUCUGCUGAACUAGCUUAAGCCGCAGCCUGUGUCCCUCUGCCGUCUACACAGAACAAUGAGCUUCGUUUGUAAUGUAGGUUUAUACUCGUGUUUUGAGACCUACAGCAUAGAAGGAGGCACAUGGAGUGGAACUGAUGCCUGCAGAUGAUGCAGGUGAGAGGACGGUGGAGCUGCUGUCUGUUUUGAGUUGACAAUCAUUUCCCUUUUAGCUGUGUGAUGCUACCUUUGGUGUCCAUCGCUGCCUGCUAUUACUUGUAGAAAACCCAAACGAAACACUUAGAUUUACCUAACUAUCAGACUGAGCAGCGGCAGCCCUUUUUAAGAAAGGAAGAUCACAUUUUCAUUUUGUUUUGGGUUUAAAGCUUUUUUGAGUGUAAAGUAAAGGGACUAACCCAGUGAUCACAUAAAGCACUAAGGGCGACUCCUGACAUGUUUGGACGACAGUUGAAAGCUUGUUAUUUGAGGGAGCGUCUGUUUGAAUAGCAAUGAAGCACUGUCUCUUGCUGUAGUUUCUCACUGUGAGACUUUUGAGGCGACUCUAGUAGUGAAGAGCAGAUUGUGGCUUUAAUUCUAAAGCUAAAAUAAAAUACGGUUUAUGGUGUAUGCUAUUUUAAAACUCCAUCUCAAGUGACUAGUUUCUUAUGUUCUGGACACAUUUCACGCUUUCACACAUAGAAUAGAGUGAAACAGACUAACAGCAACCUGCUCUCUCUCUCUCUCUCUCUCUCACACACACACACUCCUGGGAUGUGAGCAAAGGUUGAAACUCACAGAAUGAACUACAGUAAACGCGUUACUCGUUUUAUGUGAUGGAGUAGAUCACCUUCGACUGACAGUCGAGUUUGAAUAUCCUGGAAUGUGGCUGAUGAAGUUAACAUGUUCCUGGAUGUGUGUGGUUUAAAUUAAAAAAACUAGAAUAUUAUCAGCCGCAACAGCUGUACUGUGCUUUUUUGGAUUUCUGUUUGAUAUUCUGUCACUAUUCUUUGGAAUAAACCUAUUUUAAAAUUAUAAA